UGCUCAGUGCAGGAUGCUCAGUGCAUCCUCCUGGUUGAGGCACGUGUCAGUGGGCAGCUGCACACUGACAAGAGCCUUGUUUUUUCUCAUGUUGGAGUGAAUCUGCGCAGCAGUGCUACAAUGAUUGAGCAAUUUGCUGCUGCAUUUGUCACUGUUUACGGUGUUUCUUAUUCCGCCUAUUACCUGACUAACCUGGCACGUCACCUGAAGCAUGUAUUCAGCGGUGCUGAUGCUAAGAUGACAGAAGCAGCAGCAGUCUCUGCCCUGGCUCCCUCUGCUCCUGGAGAAGAAGCCAAAGAGGAGCAAAAGGAGCAAGAGGACCACAAGCCUGCAGCUGUGGUCACAGAAGAGCCUGAUGGUUCCAAGAGAAUAACAGAAGCAGCAGCAGUCUCUGCCCUGGCUCCCUCUGCUCCUGGAGAAGAAGCCAAAGAAGAGCAAAAUGCGCAAGAUGACCACAAGCCUGCAGCUGUGGUCACAGCAGAGCCUGAUGCUUCCAAGAGAAUAACAGAAGCAGCAGCAGUCUCUGCCCUGGCUCCCUCUGCUCCUGGAGAAGAAGCCAAAGAGGAGCAAAAUGCGCAAGAUGACCACAAGCCUGCAGCUGUGGUCACAGCAGAGCCUGAUGCUUCCAAGAGAAUAACAGAAGCAGCAGCAGUCUCUGCCCUGGCUCCCUCUGCUCCUCAGGAAGAAGCCAAAGAAGACCAAAAUGCGCAAGAUGACCACAAGCCUGCGGCUGUGGUCACAGCAGAGCCUGAUGCUUCCAAGAGAAUGACAGAAGCAGCAGAAGUCUCUGCCCCGGCUCCCUCUGCUCCUGGAGAAGAAGCCAAAGGGGAGCAAAAGGAGCAAGAGGACCACAAGCCUGCAGCUGUGGUCACAGCAGAGCCUGAUGCUUCCAAGAGAAUGACAGAAGCAGCAGCAGUCUCUGCCCUGGCUCCCUCUGCUCCUGGAGAAGAAGCCAAAGAGGAGCAAAAUGCGCAAGAUGACCACGAGCCUGCAGCUGUGGUCACAGCAGAACCUGAUGGUUCCAAGAGAAUAACAGAAGCAGCAGCAGUCUCUGCCCUGGCUCCCUCUGCUCCUGGAGAAGAAGCCAAAGAGGAGCAAAAUGCGCAAGAUGACCACAAGCCUGCGGCUGUGAUCACAGCAGAGCCUGAUGGCUCCAAGAGAAUAACAGAAACAGCAGCAGUCUCUGCCCUGGCUCCCUCUGCUCCUGGAGAAGAAGCCAAAGAGGAGCAAAAUGCGCAAGAUGACCACAAGCCUGCAGCUGUGGUCACAGAAGAGCCUGAUGGCUCCAAGAGAAUCCUUCCAGAGAAAGAGCAGGAGCAGAUUGCAUUAUCAGAGAUGCCAUGCCAGACUCAGGGAGAGCUGAGAGCCCGAGAGCAGGAAGAGCAGCUCAGGCAGCAGGUGGAAGAGCCACAGGAGAAUGGCCAGAACAUCAAGGCAGAGCCACAAGCAGAGCUGCCCGAAGCUCAGAGUGCCAUCACAGAAGUGAAGAAGAACCAGGAAGACACGAGAAGAAUUCAAGAGGAGAUGAAUGUCCAUCAGCAGAGGGGCGAUCAACAAAACCAGGUGAGUGAAAGAGUGGCAGCCACUCCACUCAUGAAAGAUCCUCUCUCUUGUAUUUUACAGAACUUGAAGGAACAGCUGGACACAGACUUUCAGAAAGCUCACGCUAAGAUCAUGGCAAGGGAGAAGAGGCAGGAGGAAGAAAUUAAAAUCAUCAGAGAAAAACUUAAUCCCCUCCCUCAGGCUCUACAAAAGCAAGUGCAAGUGUUGACAUCUCACCGGGCAGCCGGCAAAGACUUCCGGCAAAUGAGUGGCACUGAAGAGCCCCGAGGCUGGCGUGAGGCACAGGAACUGUCCCCACCAAAGGUGCUACAGAUCUACAAGGGCUUUGUCACCAAACCUGCUGCAGCAGCAUGGUCUAAAGGAGCCUUUGCUCCCCAACCUGAGAAGUGGAGCCGGGGCGGUUUGUUCAUCUCCAGUGCUGGCCCAGCUGCUGCUCAGCAACAGGAGAUCAAGGAUGACUCCCUGGAGCUACUGAGGAAAAUAGUGAACAUGGAAAAUCCCGUGAUGAAAUACACAGAACUGGAAUAUAUUGGCAGAGGGACUUUUGGAGAUGUUUGCAGAGCACUUGACAAUGCCACAGGAGGGCAGGUGGCCAUAAAGAAAAUAAAUCUCCAAGGACCGAGGAAGAAGGAACUAAAAGUCAAUGAACUUAUGCUCAUGAAGACAAAUAAGAAUCCCAAUCUGGUCAACUAUUUAGACAGCUACCUUGUGGAUGGGCAGCUCUGGCUGGUCAUGGAGUACAUGGACGGAGGCACCCUGAGCGAUGUCAUCAGCGAGACCUACCUGUCUGAAGACGAGAUGGCAGCCAUCAGUCGGGAGUGCCUGCAAGGCCUGGAUUUUCUUCACUCGAACCACGUGAUCCACCGAGAUGUGAAGAGCAGCAACAUCCUUCUCAGAACCGACGGCUCUGUCAAGCUGGUUGACUCUGGCCCCUUUGCUCAGCUCAGCCCUGAGCAGAGUCGAUGGAGCUCAGUGGCCAGCAUUUCUGGGUGGAUGGCGCCUGAAGUGGCGACAGGUCAACCAUAUGGCCCCAAAGUGGACAUAUGGUUUUUUGGAAUCGUGGGCAUCGAAAUGGUGGAACGAGAAGUCCCUUACCGGAAUAAAACUGUCUCGCACAUCAGCAUCUGCUGUCGAUUUGGUUGCAUCAGAAGGGAAGAGGAAGCCUGCUGGAGCUCUGUCUCUGAAGGACAAGAAUUUUUCAGUGGAGAGAUUAGACAUGUGGUAAAUAGCCUGAGAAAUGGAGAAACUACUCUUUGCACCCUGAAGAGGAUUGCCUUCAGCCAGCCAUACCAUUGUUUUCCAGUUGCUCAGUGACUAAGGCUAGUAACUAUCUCAAAGCUUACUUUCAUUUCAAUCUCGCUUAUAGUUUCCAUAUUCUAAAAAUCUUUUGCCAGGCAAUCAUAUUUAGAAGGCUUUCCUGUUUCAUCUUCCCCAACACUUUUGCUUUCUUGUUCUUUUUUUAACCACAGCACAUCAAUUUUCCUCCAAACUGUAGCAUCUUUUCCCAAUCCUGUGGGUCUUCAAAACUUUCAGGCUUUCAAAUCAUCCGUACAUUGUUCAGUCUUGCGUGUGGGUGGCCUGGAUAAGUUUAGGAUGUGUUUUUCUCCGACUGCAGUUAGAAUUGUACACUAAACUCUUGGCUGUUUCUGGGUACUUUAACAAGUUGAUGAGCUUGCAGCCAGGUGCCCGGGGCUGGGAUCCAACGUGGGCGGUUGACGCCGGUGCUGUGUUCCUUUACCACAGGAGCAGGGCCAUCCCUGGCUUGCACAGUUCUAAGGACAGUGAGGACUCCAGCUCCCCACCAUGUCCAGUGGCUGAGCUCAGGUGCAGAGAGACAGGAUAAAACCCUCUUUGUAACAUCUGGGGGUGUGGGAAAAGGAAAGAAAGCUGCCAUAUUUAUACUCAAGGGGAGUGUGUUUGCUGUUUUAGGCUUGGAAAUUUUCCUCUGGCUUGAAGAGGAUAAUAACAAAGUCUUUUUGGUCACCAUCUAUUUCAGGGCCACCAGCACAGAGCUGUUAGUAUUGUCAUGGGCAUUUUUAUGGAGACCAGGCCACAGCCUGGUGCCAUGGAGAGCCAGCCAAAACCUCCCAUUUCUUACCCGACAUUUUUUGCAAUGGGGACACCAUUAAUGCAUUGACCUGAGUAUCCAAAUGAGCAGAGGGGGACCAUAGGGAUGGCACUUCUUCUGAUUUGUCCUUGAAAAGGUUUCCUUUUGCCACAUAAAGAAGCUGAAACUUGCAGCUGAGAGACAGAGCUGCAGGUGGCUCCUGUGUGCCCAAGCAGGCAUUUUCAUCCCAAUACAUUUGUGCAGGCAUCUUAAACUGUCUGUGUUGAAUAUGAGAUUGCAAAUAUUUGUUUCCUUACCUGAGGAAUACCUGGCAGAUUUCCUUUCUUGCCUUCCACCUACCGCUGUUUUCUAGAAGAGGAUAAGAAGCUCGAUGAGUUUUGGUUUAUGACCACUGUGCUUAAGGGACCAACAAGCACUGCAGAGAUGCCUUUCAUGUACUAAUCCUUGGAAAUAGCAGAGUUAGUUAGUAUAGCAGAGUCCUUCUUCUCAAAAGAUGUCAAGCUGGUGCGAAUCCUCCAAGAAGGAAACAUGCUUUUGCUGAUGUAGUUCCCACUAACUAGGUCAGUCAAUGAAAUCAGCUGCCAAGGCAAGAUCUGCUGAAUGCUGGAAAAGCUGUGGCUGCAUCAGGGUUUGGGUUUUUGGUUGGUAAAGGAAAGUCAUCUCUGGGUCUCUCCAGGGCAGUUUCUGCAGAGUGGAGCUUAAACAAUGGGAUCUGAGAGAGCAGUUACAGAUGGGAAAGAAGCAGCUGGAGCCUGGUGUUUCCUUUUC